ACCCCAAUAAAAGAGAAACGAGCCAAACGCACCACGAGAAUGUCUUUCCCACCUAACGCUUCCCCCCAUCUCUCUGUCCUUUUUUAUUUAGAUUUUGCAACAAUGAACUAAUCCAUCCCACUGCUUAAUUUUGCCCAUCACAAAAAUUAAGCAGCUCUAGUUACUGAUCUCGAGCAUGGAGGAGACAGCCGAGCCCAAUGGUCGAUCCGUGGAUCGAUUUUGGUUGAGUAGCCGGCGAGUUCGGCCCGUGAAUUCUUCAAUCUUACCGGACUUCGGCCCUGGUGAAGAGUUACCUGAGUGGCUGCUCGAUGAGAUUCUACUCCGGCUGCCCAUGAAGUCCGCUUUCCGGCUCAAGUGCGUCUCCAGGAGGUGGCUUCUUGAGCUCUCACACCCCUCCUUCCGCCGUCGGUUCCUCAUGCUCACAGAUGGAGCACUUCCUUCUUGGACCCUCCUCUAUGGCUACACGCGGGUCCCGGAAGACAUCCCGGAAGGGACGGGAUUCGAUUGUGGGUCCGACGGGGAUUGUCCCCUCCCCCGGUUUACGGUUAUGCCUUCGCAUUCGAGCCUCGGGACGUUUCAAAUCCUGGGAUCUAGCAAUGGGCUAUUACUGUGCUGCCAGAGCUGGAAGGACAUCUACUACAUAUACGAUCCUUUGACCCUUCAAUGCCUAGCUAUUCCCCGAGGCAUUUCUUGGGUCGAGCCGACCAGCGAGGGCCUAAUAACUGAAAUCGAGGAAGGUGAAUUGAAGGGCUACAAGGUGGUCCGAGUAGGCCAGGAACUCGAUAACCCAGCCAAGCUCUUCGUGGAUGUCUUCUCUUCAGAACUUGGCUUAUGGACCAACUACCAGUUCUAUUCUCCACGCCCCACCUACUUCCCCAAAGAGUUCCCUUACUUUCGGUUCGCGAGGCCAGUCAUCGUGAAGGAAACCGUCUACCUACCCGAUUAUCAGGAAGGGGUUGUCAUCGCCUACAACCCGUAUACAAGCCCCGAUCAACUCAGCAUCGUGCGAUUGCCUGAUCGGCAGCUUGACCGACUGCCCCCAUGGUUCGAACUCUGUGAUGUGUUUAGGGACAAGCUGAGGCAUUAUACCGUAUCGGAAGCGUGGGAGAAUCCCACCCUCAAGGUGUGGGAGCUCGCAGAACCUUCCGACGGAGGGCAGUGGUCUCUCGUGCACAGCUGCAGAUGGAGUGAGAUACAAUGGAAGGAUGCUCGCCUGGGCGGGACUGAACCGCACAGACGUUUCUUACCAUUGAGUUUCCAUCCAUCCGAUCCCAACAUCGUCUAUGUGUGGAACACGAAAUGCGUUGCUUCCUACGACAUGAAAGCGAGAAGGCUAGAGGUCUUCUGCGAACUGGACAGCAGCUUCCGGGGCCUUUCGUGGGAGAGCGUGAUGCCGUUCGUGCUCCCCAAUUGGCCGGUCUCCAUUCCCCGCCCCACUUGGAAGAUAAACGAUACUUGACUCCGGGAUCAUUGACGACAAAUGCCCCUAUUUCCCGAGCUUUGGCAUCUUUGGAUCGUGCAUCUCAAGCUUGGAUCUUUCAACGCGAAAUCUCGAUCACUCAUAACCGGCAAAAUCUCUGAUUCCAUCCCCAUAGAUUUCUGCACAAUCAAUCAGCAUAAUUCAGUCACGGGUUCUUUUAAUUACCAUAAAAGGACGAACUUUAGGAGAGGUGAGAGCGGCCACAGCCACAGAACAGCAGCUGGAGGCGGUCACCUUUGCCAUUUGUGGCCCCGUUGAGAGCGACGCGCCGCGCCUGUAUGGAACCCCGCAACUGAAAGCGCCAGAAGAAACAGACGAUGGCGGGAUGAGAGGAGAGGACGUACGGCAGACGGCGCCGGAUACGAUGACGAUUCAGUGCGGUGAGGAAUGUGCUGGCUUUGACUGAGUCAGAGAGAACUUAUCAUUAAAUGCCAUAAUUUUUUUUGGCAAUAAUUAAUCGCCAUUAUUUAUUUAUUUUUUUUUUUUUUCGGUAGACGUUAAUUGCCAUUGGUUACACGUGCUCAAAUAUCUAUCUACUUUUUGCAAUAAUGACCAAUCAGUAUUUACACCUUUCCAUUU